AUGGAACACUCUGAGUCUUGCUAUGUUUACAAUUUAGUCCAAGAUUAUCUGAAAUACAUUCUUCAGGAACCACAGCUUGGACCAGCCCCAAGCAGAGUUGCUCAUGUCUUAAGAACUAAGGCAUCCAUUCUGCAAAAGGAAAAUGAAGAGAGUCUGAAACCAUGUUUGGACACACUUGAUAUUACCUCUGUAGAUGCUGCCAGAAGAAUUUUCACUGAAGUCGUGGAUAAAGAAUUUGCUGAUGGAAACACUAACUGGGGACGGAUUUUGACAAUAUUUAUGUUUGGAGGAAUUCUUUCUAAGAGGCUUCAAGAACACAAAGUUCAGCUUACAGGAGAUAAUAAAGAGCAGAUUUCUUAUUUCAUCACGGAGUACAUUAUAAACAACAAGGCUGAGUGGAUAGAGGCAAAUGGAGGUUGGGAAAACGGCUUCCUACCUAUGUUUGAGGAAAAACGAUCAUGGCUGUCCUUAUUCAACAUUAAAGCAAAAAUCAUGGAUGCUUUUUCCUUCUUCAGUCAGUAUUAUUGA